CCGCCCGCUUGCUCAAGUGGCAGCGGUGAAUGGUGAGAGAUAAUCCUCGGCUCUACCACAGACACACAACAGGGCUGAGCUGCCUCUGGAUCUGGAUGCGGGCAUCCUUGGAUUCUUCUCUUUUUAGCACGGGCCAAAUGCACGAAAACUUAACGGGACAACAAUGGUGCACGCCUCGGCGGCUGAAUCCGUGGCUGCUGGUCGUUUAGGGGACCGGGGAUUGUGGUCAAUGUGACAUUCACUAGCACGCUGCUGUUGAGUUUAUUGUUCUGGUCCUAGACGCAGAGCAGCAGCGCUUCUCUGAGAAGAUGUUGAGCCGAUUCAUGAGUGGCAGCAUCAGGAAUCUUGAGCGGGAAUACAGCUGCACCGUCAGACUGCUGGAUGAUACGGAAUAUACGUGCACCAUUCAGCGGGAUGCAAAGGGACAGUAUCUGUUAGACCUCAUCUGCCACCACCUCAACUUGCUGGAGAAAGACUAUUUUGGCAUCAGAUAUGUGGAUCCAGACAAGCAGCGGCACUGGCUGGAGUGUUCAAAAUCAAUUGCAAAGCAAAUUAAAUCUCAGCCUCCAUUCACCAUGUGUCUGAGAGUCAAGUUCUACCCUCCUGAACCCGCUUCUCUAAAGGAGGAAAUCACUCGAUAUCUUGUCUUCCUGCAAAUCAAGAGAGACCUCUAUCAUGGUCGGCUCCUGUGUAAAACCUCGGACGCGGCCAUGCUGGCUGCCCACAUCCUUCAAGCUGAGAUUGGUAACUACGACCCUGGGAAGCAUCCUGACGGAUACAGCUCCAAAUUCCAUUUCUUCCCUAAACAUUCGGAGAAGCUGGAGCGCCGGAUUGCAGACCUACACAAGACAGUGCUGAUUGGACAGAUUCCUGAAACAUCAGAGCGAAAUUUCCUGCAUAAAGCCCAGAUGCUGGAAACAUAUGGUGUUGAUCCGCAUCCAUGCAAGGAUGUGUCUGGGAACCCAGCCUUCCUCGCCUUCACACCGUUUGGUUUCGUGGUGCUUCAGGGAAACAAGAGAGUUCAUUUUCUCAAAUGGAACGAGGUGACCAAACUGAAAUUCGAAGGCAAGACUUUCCACGUAUAUGCAAAUCAGAAGGAGGACAAAAAGAUCAUCUUGACGUACUUUGCGCCCACACCGGAGGCAUGCAAGCACCUUUGGAAGUGUGGAGUGGAGAACCAAUCGUUCUAUAAGCUUGACAAGUCAAGUCAGGUUCGCACGGUGUCCAGCAGCAACCUGUUCUUCAAGGGCAGUCGUUUCCGUUACAGUGGACGAGUGGCAAAAGAGGUGAUGGAGCAGAGUGCCAAAAUCAAACGCGAACCUCCAGAAAUACACAGGGCUGGCCUCGUGCCCAGCAGAAGUUGUCCAUCCAUCACCCAUGGACCUCGCCUCACCAGUGUACCACGCACGCGUCGGAGAGCUGUGCACAUAUCUAUUAUGGAGGGUCUGGAGUCGUUGCGUGACAGUGCCCACUCUACACCGGUGCGUUCAGUGUCCCAUGGGGAUUGUUUCAUGCCACGCUCCCGGAGCCAGGCCACAGACCACAGUGAGAGGACUGCGGUCAUCUCGGACGAGGCCUACAGCCCGUCCGACAGCGUCCUGCCCACCCCGGUGUCCGAGCACAGCACGGAGCUGGCUGUCUCCCGCCAGAUCAACGGGGCGCCCUGCAGCAUCGAGGAGGAGAAGGAGUCGCAGGCGGGCACCCCCAUGCGCGGGGAAGGGGGUGAUUUUAGUGCGGACGGUAGAUUCGCACAGGAGGGUGCAGGGGGGGACUCGACCCUCAGCGAGGUGGAACAGGCGGUGGUUUGCCUGCAAGCUCCGCUGGGUGGGCGGGUUGCUCAUUAACAAGUGAGAGUGAGGUCGUAGAGUUCGUAAGCCCAUUCGGGGGUCUGAGAUGCCGGUUAGGACUCCGGAGUGAUGGAGGGCAGCCUCGUCCCAACCAUGAACCCUGCUUCUCUCAUCAUCCUCCUGCAGACAUGCAGCUUGAACCACUCCUGGUAACACCAGGGCCAGGAUCUCUCCUCCUCUCCUCCACUUUGAGUUAACCCCCCUACCCACCCAACCACCUCCUCGUUUCGCUUGUUUUCUUUUCGUUUUUUCUUUUCUUUUCUACAAAGCCAGAGGACUUUUUUUUUUUUUUUUUUUUCAACUCAUUUCAGGUAUUUUAUUUUUUCAAAUAACACAAAGGAAAAAAAAUAAAACUGAAAUCAAAGAACUGAGGAAGUUUAUAUGGCUCCUUUUACAGGAACGGAAGAUUUUGUUGCAACGGAUGAGCGUUGCCUUCAUUUAUUAUUUAUUGCUUUUAAACAUGUGUUUGCAUAAGAAAGGGAAGAGAAGAGAUGAAGAGCAAUCGAGGAAGUUGAUUUGUCGUUCAAAUGAAGAUGGAAGUGAGUUAUGUUAGGGUUAAUAGGCCUACUGCUCUGAAGUAUAUGUGAUGUAAAGUAGUAUAAUACCUUUGGAUAUUGGUUCAUCAACCUCAGAAGGCAAUUCGACCAACAGCUGAUUCACCUCAGCAGGUAAAAACAAUAAAAAUUGUGAAGGGAAUAAAAGUGAAAGUUGAUGAAACAGAGAGCAGACAGGGUGAUUACCAAAUGCCUUUUUGAGAAGAUAUUGAUGACUGAAUAGUGUGGAUUGUUUUAGGACACCAUUACACUUUAGUAUACCAUGGUGUACAAAGUAAACUGAUAAAGAAAAAAGUGUAUCUAACAUUUCAUAGGGAUACAGUAAAAUAAACCAGUACCUCAAAACUAGUGUUUUGAGACCCAGUAGUGUCAGAUGCAGUUAGAGAAAUAUUCAGGAAGAGCAAAGAUUCACUGGCACAAAUAGAUAAUAGUCUAGAUAGAUGUGCAAUGCUCAUAUGGUUUCAAUAAUUAAGUACUUUUAAAUGUGCUCAUUUGUUCAGUUGUUCUGUUAUUUAUCCGAUUAAUUUGAUUUGCAUUUUUUCAUGAAGUUGAAAUUUGAUGAAUUUCAAUCAUUUCUUUUGAAAUGAGGAGUUUAUGAUUUAUUUUGGUUUCAUAUCAACCUUGCUUUUAGGUUUAUGUAACAUACUAUAUUAUUAUUAUUAUUAGAAUAAGAAUAAUGAUGUACUUUUUGUACAAAUUAGUUUGUUUCCUAAUAUAUAUUGACAGGUUUUCCAUGUAUAUUUUAACAGAACUGAAAUGUUAUUUUGUUAUUGAAGAUUAAAUUAUACCUUUUUUAGCGCUGUGUUUCAAGUAAGGUCAGAAGUAUUUAUGGAAAUGUAGAAGUGGGGACUAAAAAACAGGGUUUUUAUCCAGAUCCCCUGAACACUGAUCUCACCUCGUAUCACUCCACCAGCAGUAAAUCAGCCUUCAGUGUGCGCGCAAUUAUAAUGAACAUAUAUUUGUACAGAUUGAAAUCUGGAGAUAUCAUUAUACCACCACAAAUACCAAAUAAUCCAAAAGCACAUUUUCACCUUUCAUAACUUUACCAUAUCUUAUUUUACUUGAAGAGUUUGGAGAGGUGACUGCGAGCCUGACCGAUACUGGAUCUUGUGACUUAUUCCUUGACCCAUGGACUAUUCUCACACUGAAAUUCAUUUUAAAAAUAUGAAACAAACCUAAAGCUGAAACGAUUAUUUGAUUGAUAGAAAAUGAGUUGGCAGCUAUUUUAAUAAUCAAUUACUAUCCAUAUUUUAAGCAAAAAUUAAAAGAUUUGGUUUCGGCUUCUCCAAUGUGAAGAUUUUCUGAUUUAUUUCUAUUUUACAUUAUUGUGAAUUGAAUAUCUUUGGGUUUAGGACAGUCUGAUAUAUUCAAAACAGAUUUUUAUCUCUUUGGGUUUUGAGAAAUUAUAAUGGGACAUUUUAUUAACCAAACAAUGAAUCUAGAAAAUAAUGGGAAGAUUAAUUGGUAAUGAAAAUAAUUGUUAUUUGCAGCCCUAAACAAAACAUUUAGUAACCUAUAAAUUAAGAAUGAACGGAAACACAACCUUUUUGGUGCAGGUAACUCGACUAAUUGCAGUAUGUACUGAUGACAUUUUCUUAGGUACCUUUUGCACUUUCUUUCUGAAUUAUGGACUUUAGUUAUUUCCUUCCCUUAAUUAUCAUAUCAGCCACAAUAAAAGCAGACACCAAUAAAUCUAAUAAGGUGAUAUUAGUGAAUAAUAUCUGCCCUCAGAUUUGUCGGUCAGGCUCUCGACUCUUCUGCCUCACAGCUCCAGGAAGCAAUAACUGCCACAGCUGCUGGAUUCUGGGUAAAAUCUGUUUUUUAUAUUGCGUGUCUACCUCCUGCACCACGUGCAGGUGUAAGUGUUACUGUGUCUGUGUGUAGCAAUGAAAACACGAUUCAAGGUAAUAGUGGUGAAGGUUUAGACAGAGAGGAGUAAAAUGAGAGAAAGAGGUAGAGAAGACUGAGGGAUAUCAGAGGCCUUCGAGAGAGGUUCUUUGAAAGUGGGAUAUAAACAACUAAUUAGGAAUGAAAGGCACUUGGUGACUCAUCACUCUAAUGGCUGCUCGGGGUUGGAUGUUUUUGGCCUGUUAUUUCAAACGCCACAUUCUCAUGCCAGCACCUCCACCUGCUCCACAGAAGGCCCGAUGGUGCUACCUUCUUUGUUUGCUGCUGUGUAACCCGAGCUCGUCAGUCCUUGGCUCACUUGUAGUCCUGACCACAGAGUAGCAUGCACUUUGGCGUUGUGGCUGGAUCCACUCCUGUAGCUCAUUAUCCUUCACUAGUUAUCUGUGGUGGAGGGAGCAACACUGACAUUUCCCAGAGGGAAUAUAAAAUAAUUAGAGCUACGUUGGCAAGAAACCUGUCAUACACACGGUGUAGGAGCUUAUUUAUGUCAAGUUAAUAAUUUGCAACUCGGAUACAUCCAGUAAAUAGCAAUGCAAAGAUGAAGCACAGUUUUUCUAACGGGGUGGAGCAGGGUGGGUGGGUUGACUUUUUCUUUUGUGUACAUUCAUACUUCAUAUUUAUUACUUCUUUACUGACAUAAAGGUCAACAUGACCGUCCAGUCCAGCCUGGCUGAGUUGUUAGCAGGACAUCUUUUAAAGGUCAGUCUGCAAAGGUGUUUGACAAACAUCUAUCAGCAUUAUGUAGCUUCAGUGGUCUCUCUGAACAUGCAACAAUUGAAAAAAAAUAAAGGCAGCAUUAUUCAAUGAGCAAUAAUCAGCUGUAAGAGCAAAAAGAUGUGACUUACAAACUUGUGUAUGAAAAUCCAACGAUGAGUAAGUCAAAUAUGUCCUUUUUGUUUCUAGAAAACCACUUACCAAACUGCUGUUGUGCUAACUCUCACGAUGACGUAACCACUGAGACACUUAGUUACUGUUGCAGUCAUGAAUAACAUUUUAUAAAAAACACAUUUUCCUUAGAGACCUCUUGUGUGGAUGUUUGUUCUGCUGUUUUCUUCGCUGUUUCGUUGUUAAGUGACAGAUUGUUCCCUGUGCCUGGAUCCUAACUGCAGUUUACCAAAGUGACAAAGAUGAAGGAAUGGAGAACGAAAGACACAACAUCCCUAACAACUGUACUACAGACUACUCCAUUCUUAAAUCUCCCAGGCCAAGAGGGAAAAACAGUGUUCAUCUCUGUCUGAAACUCUUUGUAAUGUACACUGGGCCGCCCGAAGUCUCUGUCUUAAUUUGUCUUUACAGGUUUCCUGUGACAAACCUUACUUUCAUUUUGCAUUUUAGUUGCCGUGUCAUGUUUACAUAUUUUACAGUUAUUUUACUUCAUGGGAGAUGGCUGCAGUUUUUGCCAGACUUUUGUGUAAUUGUCAUCCAUGGUUUACAAAUCAGAAACGGCUCGUCCGUCCCUGAAGAGCAGCAUUGAAGGUACAGUCAUGCAAAUACAAUGUGGUGCAUUGGAAGAUGAAGCAUUGAUUCUUGCGUUUGAAGUUAAUACACAGGGAAUAGACUCAACAACAGAAACACUGACAUGGUAUAAUGUAACAAACAAGCAACAAAUCCUACAAAUGCAAUACUUAUAACAUUGUAUUAAGGCGGUGUCAAAGGGAUGUUUAGGGUCAUUUCUGAGGUUGUACUUUGAGGUGUUUCUGUAGUUGGCAGAACUUUACUGUGAGGUGUUUUUGUUAUUUUGUCUACUCCCUGUUAUUUUCAGCAAUCUUAAUAAAAGUCUCAAAAACCAAUAUAGGCUAUGUAUGACAUAAUCAGGACGGAAUUUUGAAAGAUUGUCAUUGGCUGUCCUUUAAACAUAAUUUUUUAAGGUUGUUUGUUUUAUGAACAUUUAUUACAUAUCCAGUUUAGAUGAUCGAAAUCGAUUUAUACACAAUUACCUAAAUUUAAUUCCUGGCCAAAAUCCCUGUCACAUUAAUGUGGAUGAUGCAUGUAGAAUUGAGGGGUUGACAUAUGAAACUAAUCAUAACCGAAGACAUCUUGAUCUGCUUUCCCCCCCGUCAGGCAGACCCUCACAUCUGCAUACGCAUCAAUAAGUGUACAUGCGUAUCCAUGUCUGGUGGUGUGCAUCGUUCUAUCCUACGAUUGGAGAUUAUUUAAUUAUGUUAUAUAGACAAGUCUAUAUAUAUAUAUAAAUCCAUGUGCCAAAUCCAGUUCUUGUUCAGUCUGAUCCAUUCCGAACCCAUGUUUGUACUGUAGGUAACCUUCUGUACAAGUCAGUAUACAAUAUUGUUUCUCUCCAAUAGUCCCUUGUAACUGGUGCCAUUAAAUAAAACUAUUCAAACUUGAAAUAAACAUUGAAUAAAAAUGUGAUGUGGCUCCCUGUGGC